AGAGGGGACUUCCGGGGUCAAAGGUGACAGCUUCCGGCUACUAACGCCCUUGCCUGCCACUACUUCGCCCCUUUUCCUUUUCACUUUGCGUAGGUCUGAAGCCAGUUUAAAAAGAUGGAACCUUGUUCCUGUGACACUUUUGUGGCAUUACCUCCAGCAACAGUUGAAAAUAGGAUUAUUUUUGGGAAAAAUUCAGAUAGACUCUGUGAUGAAGUACAAGAGGUAGUUUAUUUUCCUGCUGCAGUUCAUGAUAAUCGGAGAGAACGUCUUAAGUGUACUUACAUAGAAAUUGAUCAAGUUCCUGAAACAUAUGCUGUUGUCCUUAGUCGUCCAGCGUGGUUAUGGGGAGCAGAAAUGGGAGCCAAUGAGCAUGGAGUUUGCAUUGGGAAUGAAGCUGUGUGGGGAAAAGAAGAAGUUUGUGAUGAAGAGGCCCUACUGGGCAUGGACCUUGUCAGACUUGGCCUUGAAAGAGCUGAUACAGCUGAAAAAGCCCUUGAUGUCAUUGUUGAUCUAUUAGAAAAAUAUGGCCAGGGUGGAAACUGUGCAGAGGGCGGGAUGGUAUUUAGCUACCACAACAGUUUCCUGAUAGUUGACAGGAAUGAAGCCUGGAUUCUGGAGACUGCAGGGAAGUACUGGGCUGCAGAAAAAGUGCAAGAGGGAAUUCGUAAUAUUUCUAAUCAGCUUUCUAUAACAACCAAGAUUGAUCGGGAACACCCAGACAUGAGAAACUACGCUAAGCAGAAAGGUUGGUGGGAUGGUAAAAAGGAGUUUGAUUUUACGGCAACAUACUCCUAUAUUGACACAGCCAAGAUGAUGAUUUCACCAGGCAGAUUCUGUGAAGGCUACAAGCUUCUAAAUAAACACAAAGGAAACAUAACUUUUGAAAUAAUGAUGGAAAUUCUCCGAGAUAAACCAAGUGGCAUUAAUAUGGAGGGAGGAUUCCUGACCACUGCUAGCAUGGUUUCUAUUUUACCUCAAGACUCCAGCCUUCCUUGCAUUCACUUCUUUACAGGGACUCCUGAUCCUGAGAGAUCUGUUUUUAAGCCUUUCAUAUUUGUACCGAAUAUUUCACAACUAUUGGACACCACUUCACCAACAUUUGAACUUGAAGAUCCAGUUAAAAAGAUUAAGCCUAACAGAAGACACCCACUCUACCAAGAGCAUCAAAAGGCAUUGGAAGUAAUAGAUAAUAAGGAGGAAAAAGCCAAAACAAUGUUGGACAACAUGAGGAAAUUGGAGAAAGAACUAUUCAAAGAGAUGGAAUCAGUCCUUCAAAACAAGCAUCUUGAUGUGGAUAAAUGUGUUAAUCUUUUUCCUCAAUGUACAAAAGAUGAAAUUAGGAUUUAUAAGUCAAAUAUUAGUCCUUAAUGAUCACAUAAACAGUCAUCAAUCUUUCUCAAAGUCAGAAUCAAUCACCUUGGUAAAUGAUAUAACCCUAGUUGUGAGCAGAUAUGAUUAUUCUUUAAUAGCAUUCAAGUGAUAGCUUGACUGUUAAAAAAACUACAUAUAAUUGCUGAAAUAUUGAGGAAAAACAUGUUGGAAUUGGACACAUACAUCAUGGGAUAGCCAGGUGUAACAUCAGGUAUCGACAGUUGUUAUUUUGUUUUUAGCUACAAUAAUUUUUUUAAAAUCACAGUAAUUAAAUAUUUAAUUCUGUAUAAAGCAUGAAACAUUAAUGCAUGGAUUUAUAUUUAUUAUAAUUAUGUAUUGUCCUCAAAUAAUUUUCUCAAUUAUAACAAGAAAGCACAGUUUUCUUUAGUAAUGAAAAAUAUUGUCUCACAUAGUGAUUUUUUGUGUGCUUUAGGCAAAUAUAACCAGCUUUAACAAAAUUUUCUAGAUUUACACAUUGUCUUAUUACAGUGUAUUAAUUCUGCAGAGGUACUUUUAUUAAACUCAAACAUGCUCUUUGUCAAGACUUGGCUGACCAGUGAGCCUUUAGCUCUAAUUAGUAGUUUUUUUGCCAUGCCCUUAAUAGGCCUUAUGUUAAUAUUUUCAGAAGAGCUUGUCAGGGAUAUUAGGAAAUGGGAUAAGAGAACCAAGAUCUUAGGAGAUAUCAUUUCUGUGUCUCAAAUUGUUGUUUUGAAUUUCUACUAUGCUGCUUUUUCAAUUCCUUGAAUGUGCCCAUUCCUUCAUCAUAUCUGUAUGAGUACUCUCUGCUUGCACCAUUCAUUCAUUGCAUUUGGUCCUCUUGAUGUAAGUAGUUAUUUUCAGCCUUUAUAGUAUUGCUGACACAUGACUUUCUCAGGGAAGUUCUCCCCACCCCACACGGUCAAGUUUCUUGUUACGUACACUCAGAGACAUAUGUAAUCCUGAUUACAAGUGUAAUUAUAUGUUUAACAUCUGUCUCUCACAGUAGAAUAGAAGCUUUAUGAGGAUAGGAACUAUUUUCCUUCCUACUGCUGUAGCCUCAGUAUUCAGCAUUGUGUCUGUCACAAACUUAGAUACUCAAGCUGAAUAAGUAUUUUGUUAAAUGAACAUUCAAGUACUGACGGAAAGAAUUCACACAGUCCCCUUCUCUACCUGUGAAGUUAAGAAAAUUAGGUAGACAAUCUACCUGCUCAACUUGGUAGCCUUUGGUAAGUCUCAGGUCAGUCUGUUGCCUUUUUCCAUAUUCAAAAUGGGAAUCAUAACUCCCCCGAUAAAGACAAGGAUUAUUAUAGGGGACAUGUAAACUAAUUUAUAAAACAGUUUGGGAGACUUUCAUUUUACAAAUCCAAUAUGGUAUUUGGGCUUUGGUACUUUUUGGGUAAUUAAUGCUUUGUAUAUUUUAGAAAACUUAAAAUUUUUCUUAAAUUUCAUGUGUUCAUUAAGAGUAAAAAAUGUAGUAGCUGAAAUUAAGCUUUUUUUGGGUCAACCUUAAAUGAUGUGGUUUAAUAUUUACCAUUCUGUAAUAAUAUGAGAAAAUAAUGUAAUAAACUGAGUUAUUUUAGAGAAAGCUAAUUUGUUUGAUCUUUGAUGAAAACAUCAAUUUGUAUAUUAAUCUUCAACUGAAAAUUUUUCCCUAGAAAUAAUUAUGCAGCCUAGAAUUUUGGAAAUUUAGUGCCUACUUGUAAAAUUUGCCAAAACCAGGUUCUACAGAGUGAAUGUAAAUUACUUAAGGCUUUUAUCAUACCAGUUGUAGAAAUUUAUCAUCUCGUCUUUUCCUGAAGAAUGGUGAUAACAUUUUCGAUCAUAAACUGUGUUUUCAACUAUCACUCAUCACUUGGUUACCUAUGUCCAGUGCUCUAAAGUAAUAUAUUUUAUAUGAUGUGAGAUAUGAAGGGACAAAAACCAAGAGCUGUAUUCUGCUGCAUAGAUAACAUGUUAAAUAAUAGUUGUACAUUUUUCUUGCUUUUAGAAACUUACUGAUUAACUGUUAUUGUUAAAAAUGCCAAGCACACUUUACCUUAUUCUAAAAAUAUUGAAGUUUAAGCACAAACUAGGCAUGGGAUUAUUCACUGAGAACAAAGAAAAGAACAAUUGAUCAUGCUGAAGAUUAGUAGAUUUUAAGCAAAAUUGGAUCAGAUAAUUUUCCCAGCUGUGACCCUGCAUAUUAAACAUGUGAAAAGGAUUCUAAUGUCAUAUUGAGUCAUUAAUAAAAAGUGUUUACUGAGUGCAUAAUUGGGCAAGGGCCUGUGCUCACAGAUCCCAUAGGGCAGUGGUUCUCAACCUUCCUAAUGCCGCGACCCCUUAAUACAGUUCCUCAUGUUGUGGUGACC